AUAUUUUCUCUGGAAAAGAAAAGUAUGACGAGAGUUUACAAUAAUUGAAAUUGGGACUAUGCAAGUUUGGGGUGAGACAUCAGCACCCAGUCCGGAAAGGGCGGGCGUAGACCUGGACCAAGACGUCGGAUGGUUUGGCUUGGGUCUCCUUCUGGGUUCGCCCCCGUCGAACGUUCCUGCCGCGUCCCAACCCCUUGGAACCAUCCCACGAACCUCCCUCUCUCUCUCUCUCUCUCUCUCUCUCUCUCUAGGCUGUACAUUUGACAUCGACUCCUUGCAUGACACUUUAAAAACCCCUCCAUCAGUCUGUAAACCUCCUGCUUAACCACGACACAUACCGUGCUCUACAAACUAUAAGCCUUUCUUCUUCUACUUCUUCUUCUUAAACACACUUUGCCCUCAUCUCCCUUUUGGUGUCAAUUAAAUUGUUGUCUCUGACUUGUUAUACGAGUCGCCGGAGCUUUCAAUCCAUGGCCAUGAAGAAAGUUAUAUUGAGAUUGGACAUAUACGAUGACAAAGCAAAGAGGAAUGCCCUGAAAACCGUGUCCACAAUUCCAGGGAUUGAAUCUAUUGCGAUGGAUAUGAAGGAGAGGAAGCUAACAGUGAUCGGGGCCGUAGACCCAGUGUGCUUGGUGGCCAGACUGCGGAAGAAGAAGUGGCAGGCAGAGAUAUUCUCAGUUGGGCCGAAGGAAGAGAAGAAGGACGGGGGCGAUAAGAAAAAGGACGAAGGGAAAAAAGAUGAAGGGAAGAAGGACGACGUGAAGAAGAAGGAAGAACAGAUUGCAGAGCUGGUGAAGGCGUACAAAGCCUACAACCCUCACAUGACGCAGUACUACUAUGUGGAGAGUGCAGAAGAGGAUCCCAACGCUUGCGUUAUUUGCUAGACACACAAUUAGAUUUGGGAAAUCGCAGAGAUUGGCAAUUUCUAGCUUUGAUUUUUUAAAACUUUAUGCGUUAAGAUGGAUUAUGUACAGAGCGGAAGGAAACCCAUUACCCAGUAGAGAUUGGAAGAGUCCAAUAACGUAGGGACUAGGGCGGCGUGCUGGUUGGUCACUGAUGGGUGUAGUCUCUGGUUGGUGAUGGUGGGUGAUUUCGCAAGGUGUUCUUGGUGUAUAAGCUAUGGGUGUGUGAAUGAAUUUUGAAUUUUGAACUUUGAAAUUUGAGAAUUCCUCAUUUACUUUUUCUUUUUAGAAGAUGGAUCUAUUCGUGUGUAUUCUUAUGACAGAAGUUCUAAUGGAAUGCUCUGUUUGGCGUGAAGGAGAUGGGAGGAAUGGUCCGAAAGGAAAUUUCUAAA